GCGAGGGAAACAAGGGGGAAAAGUCUUGCAAUUCCUGUGGACAACUGUUGCGAGUGGAGUUUUAAGGAAUACAAUAUACAUCUCUACCUUUUAAAGGCUAUUGAAUGGCUUUUGUGGAGAAACCUGCGAAAUAAAGGAGCCUCGGAAGAAGAGAUUUCUUUUUCUCCUCCUCUCUGGAUAUAAUGGCCAUUGCAAAGCAAAGCAUCUUGAGAUUUGGCUUCCAGUGUGCCUUCCUCGCAGUUUUUACCCUCACCUGUGAUGGGCACGGCGGGAAGAGGGAGAACGGUGGCCCUGCCUGCUACGGAGGAUUCGAUUUGUAUUUCAUCCUGGACAAGUCAGGCAGCGUCCUGCACCACUGGAACGAGAUCUAUCACUUUGUGGAGCACCUGGCCCGCAAGUUCAUCAGCCCUCAGCUGAGGAUGUCCUUCAUUGUUUUUUCAACCAGAGGGACAAUUCUAAUGAGGUUAACAGAAGACAGGGAGCAGAUCCGCCAGGGCCUGGAGGAGCUGCAGAAGGUGCUGCCAGGAGGGGACACGUACAUGCACGAAGGAUUUGAGAGGGCAAGUGAACAGAUUUACUACGAGAAUGUUCACGGUUACAGAACUGCCAGUGUCAUCAUUGCCUUGACAGAUGGAGAGCUCCACGAGGAUCUAUUUUUCUACUCUGAGAGGGAGGCCAACCGCUCUCGGGACCUGGGGGCCACCGUGUACUGUGUGGGGGUGAAGGACUUCAACGAGACCCAGCUGGCCCGGAUUGCUGACAGCAGAGAUCAUGUCUUCCCUGUCAACGAUGGCUUUGAGGCCCUGCAGGGCAUCAUAGACUCUAUUUUGAAGAAGUCCUGCAUAGAGAUCCUGGCAGCAGAGCCCUCCAGCAUCUGUGCAGGGGAGUCCUUCCAGGUGGUGGUGAGGGGGAAUGGCUUUCGCCACGCCCGCAACGUGGACCGGGUGCUCUGCAGCUUCAGGAUCAACGACACGCUCACCCUCAAUGAGAAGCCUUUCGUGGUGGAGGACACCUACCUGCUGUGCCCAGCACCUGUGCUCAGGGAAGUUGGCAUGGAAGCAGCUCUUCAAGUCAGCAUGAACGAUGGGCUGAGCUUCAUCUCCAGCUCUGUCAUCAUCUCCAGCACGCACUGUUCCGACGGGACCAUCCUGGCCAUCGCCUUGCUGAUCCUCUUCCUCCUGCUGGCCUUGGCUCUGCUCUGGUGGUUCUGGCCCCUCUGCUGCACCGUGAUCAUCAAGGAGCCUCCCCCACCUCCUGCAGAAGACAGCGAGGAGGAAGAUGAUGAUGGGCUGCCAAAGAAGAAGUGGCCAACAGUGGAUGCCUCUUACUAUGGAGGGCGAGGAGUGGGCGGCAUCAAACGGAUGGAGAUCCUGACCCUGACCCUGAUCAAGAUCCUGAUCCUGACCCUGAUGCUGACCCUGAUCCUGAUCCUGUCCCUGACCCUGAUCCUCAUCCUGAUCCUGAUCCAGAUCCUGACGCUGACCCUGAUCCUUAUCCUGUCCCUGACCCUGACCCCGAUCCUGACCCUGACCCUGACCCUGACCCCAAUCCUGUCCCUGACCCUGAUCCUGACCCUCAUCCUGACCCUGACCCCGAUCCUGAUCCUGAUCCUGACCCCGUCCCUGACCCCGACCCUGAUCCUGAUCCUAGCUGCUGUGGCCAGCUGGGCUCACAGACAGCUCCAAAGGUGCCUGUGCCUGAGCCCAGCAGGUCCCAGGAGCACCGAGGGGAAGCUGGAUGCUCUCUGGGUCCUGCUGAGGAAGGGCUACGACCGCGUGUCCGUGAUGCGUCCCCAGCCCGGAGACAAGGGCCGCUGCAUCAACUUCACGCGGGUGAAGAACGUGGAGACCCCCCCCAAAUACCCCCUGAACAACUCCUACCCCUCCGCCCCGCCCCCGGCGCCCAUCUACACC